AUGCGGUUAUUUCUUUCUUUAGCUCUGGCCCCAUUGGCGGCGAGCUACGUCGUCCAUAAAGGAAAUACCUGCACCCUCUUUCCAGAGUCGCUCAAAAAUGGUGGCGAUGCCGUUGACGAUGUACCCUCAGUUUACGAAGCCUUCAAGCGAUGCGGUCACAAUGGCAAAGUCAUUUUUGCCAAGGAUCAUGUGUUUAACAUCAAUUCGGUGAUGAAUACCACAAACCUGGAGAACUGCGAGGUUUCAUUGAGAGGAGAGCUACGAUGGUCUACCGACAUUCCUUACUGGCUUAAUCACUCCUAUCCAAUGGUAUUGCAAGACCAGCAUACUGCUUGGCUAUUUGGGGGUGAGAAUGUUACGUUUCGAGGCGAGGAAGGCGGAUGGUAUAAUGGCAAUGGUCAAGCCUGGUAUACCCAGAACCAAAACCAAAGUAACCAACCGGGCCGCCCUAUUAGUAUGACAAUUAUCGACUCAAAGAAUGUGCUUAUUGACGGUCUCUCCAUAAUUCAGCCUCAAUUCUGGGCAACGUUCGUGGUGCAGAGCAAAAAUGUCUCUAUCACAAACUUCUAUGUGAAUGCUACUAGCAAUGACCAGUGGGGCACCGUUAACACCGAUGGAUAUGACUCUUGGAAUAGCGAGGAUUUGCUCAUCGAAAACGCCGUGAUUCAAAACCAAGAUGAUUGCAUCGCAGUCAAAGGAAACACAACCAAUCUGCUCGUUCGCAACGUGACCUGCCACGGUAAUUAUGGCAUGGCGAUCGGAUCUGUUGGGCAAUAUCCAACCAUGCCUGACUAUGUUGAAGAUGUGACAUUCGAGGAUAUUCGCUGCUACAAUUGUAUGGAGGCUGCCUUGAUCAAGACCUGGCAGGGUGUUGCUGAAGAUGACAGCUCAAAUGGCGAUGCUGGCGGCGGCGGUAGUGGCUAUGUCAAGAACAUAACCUUCCGAGACUUCGAAGUCGUCAACACAGCUCUGCCUAUCCAAAUUUCCCAGUGUAUCUACACCGAAAGCGGAAAGGAUUGCAAUACCUCUAAGAUGGCGAUUUCAGACAUCACUUAUUCCAAUAUCAAAGGGACAUCGAGGUAUAAUAUCGCCAGCUCCAUCUACUGCUCUGAUGUCCACCCUUGCCCUGGAAUCAAGUUUGAGAACGUGGAGAUCGACUCGGUCAACAGUACCAUGGGAUUGCCACUGGCUGGAACCACAUUGCAAGACGAGGUUUUCCAGUGUACCAACGUUAUCGACGAGGAUAGUUCCGGAAUUCCUUGUAACCAUGCUGCGCCAAGCAAUUACGGCCAGUCCGUUGGUACCAACGUGAAAGACGAUAGCGUAAGCUCUGAAUCCUAA